AUGGGAGUGAAAAUAUAUGCUGCUGAUACCUGUAAAGAUAAGUUUAAAGUAUUCCCUGGUCACUCAGCAUGUCUUCCAAGAUCACAUCAAGCCAAAAUUCCAGGUCCUGUUGACAAAAAUGAUGUUUUGGCUAUUCAUAAUAAGUAUAGACAGAAAACAGCGAAGCAAUAUAAUGCAAAAAACAUAUUGAAGAUGAUGUGGAAUGAUGAAGUUGCUAUGGUUGCACAGAAAUGGGCAGAAAAUUGUGUUGGCGUUCAUGAUAAGAAUUAUCAGCGAUUGAUACCAGGAAGAUUUCCAGUAGGUCAGAAUGUUGCAAGUUCGAAAACGGAAAUAUUAUGGGAAACUGUUGUACAGUUGUUUUAUAAUGAAUCGAAGGAUUUCAAUUUUGGUAAAGAGAAUAAUAUGCUAGAAAAGGUUGGCCAUUUUACCCAGUUGGCUUGGUUUGAUUCUUACAUUCUUGGUUGCGGAUACGCUAUUUGCAAUGGAUAUCAUUUCUAUGUAUGCAACUAUGCACCAAGUGGCAAUCACAAAGGCCGACUUGGAUUCCCGUUUUCAACUAACGGAACAAAUACGGAUUUGCGUGAUUGCAAAAAGAAACUAUGCGAAGGAGGAAGUCAGCUCGAUCCAUUUUCAUGCCAAUGUCAAUGUAGAAAGGAUUAUAAUCACAAUGACCUUGGUUUUUAUAAAUCUGCUGCAAACAAUUGUAAACGUGAGUGA